UACGAGAUGACAGAUUUGACAACAAAUAAAGUUUAUGCUGCAAAAAUCAUUCCUCACAGCAGAGUAGCGAAACCUCAUCAAAGGGAGAAGAUUGAUAAAGAGAUUGAGCUGCACAGAAUGCUUAAUCAUAGACAUGUUGUGCAGUUUUACCAUUACUUUGAAGACAGAGAGAAUAUUUACAUUCUUCUGGAAUACUGCAGUAGAAGGUCAAUGGCUCACAUCUUAAAAGCGAGGAAGGUAUUGACAGAACCAGAAGUACGAUACUACCUCAGGCAGAUUGUGUCAGGGCUAAAGUAUCUUCAUGAACAGGAAAUCUUACACAGGGAUCUUAAACUAGGUAACUUCUUCAUUAAUGAGAACAUGGAACUGAAACUGGGUGACUUUGGCCUGGCAGCUAGACUGGAACCACUGGAGCACAGAAGGAGAACAAUAUGUGGCACACCAAAUUACCUCUCUCCAGAAGUCCUCAACAAACAAGGGCAUGGCUGUGAAUCUGAUAUCUGGGCCUUAGGCUGUGUAAUGUACACAAUGCUGUUGGGAAGACCCCCCUUUGAGACCACAAAUCUUAAAGAAACGUACAGAUGUAUAAGGGAAGCAAGAUACAGCCUGCCUUCAUCUCUCUUGGCACCUGCAAAACACUUAAUAGCCAGCAUGUUGUCAAAAAACCCUGAAGAUCGGCCCAGUUUAGACGAAAUAAUUCGGCAUGAAUUUUUCUUACAGGGUUUUACACCCGAUAGACUGUCUGCUAGCUGUUGUCACACCGUUCCUGAUUUCCAUUUGUCAAGUCCUGCUAAAAAUUUCUUUAAAAAAGCAGCUGCUGCUCUCUUUGGUGGCAAAAAGGAUAAAGCCAGAUACUUCGACACACACAACAGACUAGCUAAAGAAGAUGAAGAAAUCUACAAGCUCAGGCAUGAUUUGAAGAAGACCUCAAUAACCCAGCAGCCCCCCAAACACAGAACAGAUGAGGAGAUCCAGCCUCUUAUCACAACAGUAGCAAAGCCGGGAGCAUUGCCAGAAACUAAGCAGAUUGGAGACUCUAUUCGGAUGAUAGUCAGAGGAACUUUGGGAAGCUGCAGCAGUAGCAGUGAGUGCCUGGAAGACAGUACCAUGGGAAGCGUUGCUGAUACAGUCGCAAGGGUAUUGAGAGGAUGUCUGGAGAACAUGCCAGAAUCAGACAGCAUUCCCAAAGAACAGCUGACAGCAUCCUUCCAGUGGGUUACAAAAUGGGUGGACUACUCUAACAAGUAUGGCUUUGGGUACCAGCUGUCUGAUCACACUGUUGGUGUCCUUUUCAACAAUGGAGCGCAUAUGAGCCUUCUGCCAGACAAAAAAACAGUGCACUACUAUGCUGAGCUAGGCCAGUGCUCUGUCUUCUCAGCCACAGAGGCUCCUGAACAGUUCAUAAGCCAAGUAACUGUACUGAAGUAUUUCUCUCACUAUAUGGAGGAGAACCUCAUGGAUGGAGGAGACCUGCCCAGCCUAACAGAUGUACGCAGGCCCAGGCUUUACCUCUUACAGUGGCUCAAAUCUGAUAAAGCAUUAAUGAUGCUCUUUAAUGAUGGCACGUUUCAAGUGAACUUCUAUCAUGAUCACACAAAAAUCAUCAUUUGCAAUCAGAGUGAGGAAUAUCUCCUUACCUACAUCAAUGAAGACAGGAUAUCCACAACGUUUCGGCUGACAACUCUUCUGGUUUCUGGAUGCUCGUUGGAACUAAAACACAGAAUGGAAUAUGCUCUGAACAUGCUGCUGCAGCGAUGUAACUGAAGGGGCUCAGGCUGUUAAACUAAAUGGACCUUUUUAUUCACUGUGAAUCUACAGUGGAGAUGAUAAGCAACUAGUAUGUUGAUGAUGGGAUGUGUGGUGGUACGAAAACUUGACUUGUCGUAGUGUGCUGGGCACACAUCUAUUAGAAGCCUAAACCUACUGUUGGACAAUGUUGUGACAAGGAGUUCUUCGGAUCAUAGUUUUCCUUGCUUCAUGUGUGUUAAACAUAUAUAUGACUUGAAAUCGGAGCGGAGUGUGUCUGCUUGCUCUAUAAGAGAGCAGUUCUGAUGGAGUUAAACUGUGAAUAUGCAUCUGGAAAGGGAGGGAAGGGAGAGCUCCGUUUGUUGGGGAUAAUUGUAACAAGCAGCUUCUGGUUGCUUAACUGUGAACUAUGGCCAUACUUUUUUUUUUUCCCCCUGAUUUUUCAAAGAUACCCACACUUGUGGCUGGCAAAGUGCAUUCCUUGUUAAUUUUUUUAAUUUAUUACAGCCUAAAGUGAAGUAUUUAUUACUUUUUUUUGGGACCUUGGCAAUUUAAAUAUAAAUUUCUUGGCAAUAAAGAGAAUGGAAAUCUG